AUGUCGUCCUUCUCUGUCGAACAAAUCAUUCAACGGUUGAUGUCAAAUGCCAACAAGAACAACUCUCUUGAAAAAGGUUCCAUAUCAAGCAAUGUCAGCAAUCAAAACUGCAGGGAUGAUCCAACCUCUCCUUCUCCUCACUCCAACUUUUCUUUGAUCCAACCAGAAUCUACAAUCAACCAACAAGAGAAACUUAUCGAAUUUUCCAAUUUGGGAAAUAGCCCAAACACAUUCGAACGCAAUAUCAACAACACUCCAAAAGUUUCAGCACGAUACACCCAAUUACGAAAACAAUUACGAGCAUGUCAUAAUUUUAAAGACAAUUACUUUGUGUUUGACUCUUCAUCUGCUCCUAAAGAGGAAAAGAAUUCUUCUUCUUCUUUAGGAAAGAGAACCAAAGAGAAGCAGAAGGAAUCAAAAUCGUUCACACAAGACAAGACCAAAAAGUUCAGAAAACAACGAAAGGUUGAAAAGGAACCAAGUUCCUCUUCAUCUUCUUCAAGUGACAACAAGAUGUUUGACAACUCUCUCAACCAUUCGAUCCAAAAACAACCACAAGAACAGAAUAGAAGCAGCAGCAACACUCUUGGUUCUCCUCCUUCACAUCAAAGUUCUUCUCUUACCUCUUCUUGUUCAUUGUCAACUCCUUCUUCUUUCCAUUCGUUUGAAGUCCCACCUUCUUCUUCCUUUCGAAUUUCAUCAAUGACAAGUGGCAAUGAACCACCAUCAUUGUCUGAUGUUUCAUCCAAUGUGCCAAUGCUGUCCUUUGACAGAAGUGACAUGAAUGGUGACGUACUGAUGAAUCAGAACAACAACAAUUAUCACGACACGACGAAUGCUUAUCAAACAUUGAUGACUUUAUUCGACCCGUCAAAUCCAGAUUUCGAAAGACAGUAUCAGCAAGUGUUAAAGGCAUGGCAAAUGGUGAAGCAAAUUCUUGCACUGUGUGCAGCGAACAAUCAUUCAUCGAAUUUGUAA